AGCCCGUAAGAAAUUGACCAAUUACAGUCUGAAGUGAGGAGAAUAAUCGCUUGUAAAUGAUCAAUUACUUACGGCUUAAGGCUUACUACACCUAUUGUAGACCCGGCCUAAAGCAAGGACCAGUGGUAUGCUUCGAAGCUUGGUGCGGUGUCCGCGAGUCCGCGGUGUAGUACAGUGUGGCGUCUUUUGCACUUUCGUCCAUGCACGUGUGGGUGUUCGUUUCGCCGAUGCUGUAACGGAUAUAACCAGAUAUAACGCUGAAAGAAGAUGAAUUUAGACGCGAGACCGUCGAAUCCGUUCGAAAUUAUAGUAGGGACGUACGAGCAAUAUUUGCUUGGCUAUAGAGUGCACAACAUCGUAAAUGAGUACAAAAUAGAGAAGAGCUUCGCGACACACAGCCAUGUCGCGAGUAUACGCAGUAUCGCCAGCAGUAAAUACCACCUGGCUUCAGCCGGUGCCGACGAAACGGUAUGUCUGUACGACAUGCGUUACAGACGCGAGUCCGGCAAACUGAUGCAUCACAAAGAUACUAUCAAUUGCCUCGCGUUCACUCCGGAAGGCUCGCAUUUGUUCGCGUGUGGCAACGACGGAAGUAUAACCGCCGUUCGUUGCGGCAAUUGGCAGCUGGAAAAGGCCUGGUCGACUGCGCACAAAGGCACGGCCGUCAACACGCUGGCUAUUCAUCCGACGGGGAAGCUGGCGUUGUCCACAGGCGAGGACGGCGUCCUUAGAACGUGGAACCUGAUUAAGGGCAGACAGGCUUACGCUAUUAACCUGGUACCGAGACUGAAGUCCAACGCCAAAUGGAUUACCAUUGUCAAGUGGAGCCCGAGCGGUGAAAAAUAUCUGUUGGGCGUCAAUGGAAGUAUCUACAUUUAUUCCGUUGAAACGGCCGGAGUAGAUAGGGAACUCACGUUCGACUCGAAAGUUAUUUGCGUUGAGUUCCUGAAGGAUGACUUGAUCGCGGUUGGUUUCGAGAACGGGGAGAUAAAGUUUUGCGAUCUCAAAACCUCCCUGCAUACGAUAAACACGAAGGCGCAUAGCAUGCGAGUGAAAUGUAUCGCGCAUAUGAACGAUCUGUUGGUUAGCGCCUCCAGCUCCGGAGAGAUCAAACUUUGGAGGUACAAUAAACAUAGCUUGGAUGUGCUGCAAACCGUUAACUGUGGUGCUAGAAUCACUUGCCUCUCUUUGGCGCAAACCUACAAGGAUUUUGUGCAGCAGAAAGAAGUCAAGUCGGAGGAAGAGGAAGAGGUAAAAAAGAAGAACAGACUCAGGCUGAAGCAGGAAGUUAUUAUCGUGAACGAAGAGGAUUUAGAAGUCGUUGAAAAUACUAAAGAAAAGGCACAAGAAAAGAAGCGUAAAAAGAAAACUAUAGAAGAUAUUGAAGACAAUGUCCAGCAUUCAAAGAAGCAAGCUCCAAAAGUACAAAAGGCUGUCGUUUCAAAGAAAAAGAGGGACAGGUCGUUAGAGAUGGAAGGUGUCAUCGAUAAACCCAAAAAGAAGAAGAAACUCUUAAAAGCGAAUGAGCUAAAUCCUUCUAGUAAAAAACGGAAAGAGAGUAGCGUCGUACCACGGGUCACUUUGCUAGCGAAGAAGAUUAAAAAGUCGAAUAAAGUUGAAGAGCCACCUCUCACUCGCAGGAAACACAAAGUAGAAUUACCAAUGACGGAUGUCGAGGAUGCUCCGCCUAGAAAAAUAAAGAAGAAAGCGAAUGCGGAAAAGCGAGUUGUGCCGAAAAAGAAAAAGAAGAAAAUAAUGGGAUAAAUUAGGAUUCAAUUGCGAGAGGAG